CCUGAAACCCAUUGGCUUUUCCCAAGCCUUUAGUGAGAACCCUUUAAUUCAUUAUUGCAAAGCACAGCACUGUCUUGAUCGGCAUCAGUGUCAGUUCAGCCCCAGCACAGUGGAAUUUCACAGCAGACAUAAUGGUCAGAACCAGCAAUAUGUUGAGAAUUGUCUCUUUAUGCAUGGUAUUGCUGCUGGGGUCAGAGAUCUGCAUAGCAGCAAGGCAAGAGCUAAUAGUUACUACCAUAAAGCAAGACCCCUACACAAUGAGCAAGGGCUCGCAGUUGGAAGGCUACUGUAUGGAUCUCCUUGCUGAGCUGGCUAAGAAACUGGGUUUCAGAUACAAAGUUCACCUGGUAAAGGAUGGAGCGUAUGGCCGACAGGAUGAAGGUGGAAACUGGAACGGAAUGAUUGGGGAGGUUGUUAGAGGGGAAGCUGAUCUCGCCAUGGCUCCCCUCACUCUCACUGCUGCCCGUGAGAAGGCUGUGGGAAUGACAAAACCUUACAUGCAGACCGGAAUCAGUAUCCUCCUCCGCAAAGAUAUCGUUUCUGAAGAGGCCGGGUUUUUUGACUUCCUCUCCCCCUUCUCUGGGGAGACCUGGUUCGGCAUCCUGAUUGCAUAUUUUGUGACUGCAGUCUGCAUCUGCAUUGUAGGAAGGUUGAGUCCAUGUGAAUGGAGUCAGCCUGAGACAGAGCCAAAUCGCUUCACUCUUCUCCACAGUUUGUGGUAUGCUGCGGGAGCCCUAAGUCUGCAAGGUGCAGGCCCUCACCCUAAAGCUGUGUCAGGAAGGGUUAUCAGUUGUACCUGGUGGUUGUUUGCCGUCGUGCUCCUGGCCUGUUAUUUUUCCAGCCUCAGUUCCUCUCAGGGGUCUGACUCUGCUCCGCUCAUGAUUAAAGGUUUUGAGGACUUGGCUAAUCAGGAUGUAAUAGAAUAUGGAACACUUGCCGGCUCCUCCACUCUCGCCUUCUUUAAGAACUCGAAUAACCCAUCGUACCGUCGCAUCUAUGAGCACAUGGAGCGGAGAAAGAGUUUUGUGUCCUCCAUGGAUGAGGGUGUCCAGAAAGCAAAGGAAGGAAACUAUGCUUUUAUUGGAGAAUCAGUGUCCUUGGACUUAGCUGUGGCACGGCAUUGUGAACUGGUCCGGGCACAUGAGGUCAUCGGGAUGAGAGGUUACAGCAUUGUAACUCCUCUUGGAUCUCCCAUGCUGAAGAACCUAAGUGUGGCCAUCCUGCAGCUGAGUGAGGCUGGGGAGCUGGCGUACCUGCGCACUAAAUGGUGGGCCAGCAGCUGUAUACCGGAUAGUGCCAAAGGCUCGUCUCUGAGAGUCCAUAGCAUAAAGGGCAUGUUCCUGGUUCUGGCUAUAGGCCUUGGGAUUGGAGUGCUGCUCUCCUUGUUUGAACUCACCUCAAAGUCUCGCAGCACUGCAGGGGAGCAGAAGAAAUCCUGCUGUGCAGUUUUGACUCAGGAGUUGAGCCAGCGUUUGAGAAUGACCAAGACAAAGGGAGACCAGGAAACCUAAAAUUCUCAACAACAUUGAUGUAAUAUGCAAGUCUUACAUAGCAGAAUGACUUUACUGUUCAUAGGUUUGAACAUUAUCUGGUGCUAGGUAUUAUUACUAUUUCCCAAGUUAGAUAAAUAUAUCUAUUUUUAACAUUUUAUAUUUUAACAGAUUUUGAUAAGAUGUACUAAAUUUCAGAUAGGGGAGAGUGGGGUUAGUUGAGCCAGGUGUGUUUAACGCGAGCACAUGACAGUAAUGGAUCCAACUUAAAUAUGUACAGAAAUUUUAGGAUGUGGUGCAUCCUUUGGAAUAAUCACUUUGGAUCUAAAAUAAACUGCUUUCAAAAUAUGGCUUUCCAAAAAUAAAUAAAUAAAUAAAAGGUGGUCUCUUGGCUCAACUUGCCCCCAGUGAGGGGUUAAUUGAGCCCAGGGAGAGGGUAAGUUGAGCCACAAGGAGUUAAACUGUGCCACUGAUUAAACUAAAAUAAAACAGAACAUUUUCACCUCAUGCUAAAUCAAAGGAAGAGAAAUUCAAUGAAAACAACUUCGGAAAAUCUAUGUGUGAGCCUUGUGACAGAUUGGCCAGUUUCCCCACCUGUGGCUCAAGACGCUGAGUUAGGCUCCAGCUCCCCGUGACCCUAAUAAGGACAAAGAGGUUUGUGGAUAAUGGAAUGGAUGGAUGGAUGACUUCUUAAAAGUUUUAUUUAAAGAUACAUUUCACAACUUUGAAGGCAUUUUCUGAAUUAUUUACAUUUUUAAAUAACAAAAUAAAGUUUAAAUUGAAUAAAUAAAUUGCAAUUGACCUUACAGAACUGGACUAAUAGUACUCAACAUCCCACUUAUGUUGCAGGGAAAUACAGUUUGAUAAAAACUUAAAUGGCCAAUUUUCAUAAACAAGGUCUAUUUAAAAAUUUCAAAAUAAAAUCAAGUUCAAAACAAAGACCAAUAUCAAAAAUGUUAAGUCAAAAAUUAAUGAUUUAUAACAUAGAAUUACAGUAAAAUAAUACUCAAAAAUCACACGAAUAUUUGAUCAAAUUACAACACACCCCAGGACUUUUGGCUCAAAUUACCCCACUCCAACCAUUUUAACAAACUUGUAUCGUCCAGCAGUUUAGAGCUAACAUCAUGCUAACAGUACUGCCUCAUAUUAUAACUUAUUAAAGUGCAAACACAUUAUAUAUAUAUAUAUAUAUAUAUAUAUAUAUUUAUCAGAUUUGUCUGUAAUUGUUCAGACACAAGAAGCAUGAGUCCCUGAACAUAAAAAAAUCCACUUUUAACAGCAAAAAAACUUUUUUGAACUUAAAUGUAGUUAGCAAUUAUUUCAUGGGCCUCUCUCCAUCACAAGGUGAGUAAAAUUUGUAGUCACAUCACCAAAUUUUGUUUAAGGUUGCCUAGAAACAAGGGGUGGCUCAACUUCCCCACAGGCUCAAAUCACCCUGCUCUCCCCUAUUUUUAUACAUAAUUUAAUAAUAAUAAUAAUAAUAAACAUUUUACAUUUAAAUCAAGCUACCUGUCUGUUCAGUAAAGCUUUUGCAAUGAGACACCUUUUUUUAAUCUUGUAGCAAUAUAUCAAGCAGUUUGUGUUAGAUUAUUCUCAUGCAUUCCAUAUUGAAACAAUAUAGAAACUUUUUUAGACCAGAAUUAUGAAUCAAAAAUGUUAAAUAUAAAAUCUAUUUUGUUAAUGAAUGACAAGGAUUGAGGACAAGUGAAAAAGAGUAAAUUUGAUUUUAUGUUUGUUAAAUUCUGUACACCAGAGUUUAUAACAAAUUCAGAAAUGCAAGGGAAAUGCCUAUAAAAAGUACAAGUAAAAAUACAUAAAAUUAUGUUAAAAACAUAUCUUACUAUCACAAAAGAGGUAUGCAUUCUGGCACCAUGCAUAUUAAUGAAUUAAUAAACCCGAUUUAACAGCAAA